CGGGGCUGGCGUUGGUGGGCGGGUGUGCGGCGGGCAGGUGGAGGGAAGGGAGGCGAUGGCUCGGCCGCCUCGCGUGGUUCGGAACUAGUUGGGCUAUCGUCGUGCCUCUUCACCGGCAUUUAGCAGCCAAUGGGUUUAUUUUUGCCAUUUAACACAGAUUUAUUUAUUUUUAAUCUAUUUCUGAGAAGGAUGUGGUCCCGUACUAAGGAAAAGAUGGACAAUUAUUAAAUGUUAGCAAGUUUACCUCGUGGGUGAACUUAAGACUGAUCGCGUUUCCUUGUCAAAAUUGUUGGCUUUUUCCUAAGCAGUUCUUGCUUGCUCAGAAAUCACUGAUUUGACACAAAGAGCAGAAAGAAACCAUUUGACCCGUGCUGCGUUGGUGCAGUUAACUUCAUACAAAGCACACGCCCCUGGUAGGAAUCCUCUUUAUUGCUCUAGAGGGUUCUGCUGGGCAAGCUCACGUCUCAGAGUGACACAGUGCUGCUUUCAGCACGGCACCCAGAGUCCAGCUGUCCAGCGUAAAAGGGACAGGCCAAACAGUUUGGCUGACCAAAAUAGUGCUGCUAUGCAGAGGGUGCUGGUACUUCAGGAGAGUUCCUAAUUUCCCACUCUUGUAUCUGCUGGAUGCUACUGUAGGAGCCUCCUGCACAUCUGGACCUCCUUGAGGGACAGUUGGAGCAACCUCAAAGUGAAGAUAUGGCCUUGUGUUUUAGCAUCUUGCGUUGGGUUUGGCUAAAAGUGCUGUUACAGGUUUGGUGAAAAGUAGGAAUUGAAAUUCUAGUCUUGUAUUCCCUGCAGGAGCGUGUAACGUUAUUCAGUUUAAGUGAGCAGAUCUCUUCAUCAUGCCUAGAGGAAAGUCUCUAAAAGCAAUAGAAGAAUAAUGACCGGAUAGGGUUAGGGGAGGGAAGCUGCAGCCCAUACUGUGUAGACAUUAAUACUUCUGCAUCCUAACGUGGAUCAGAAUGGAGGGUGGGUUCUGUAGUUAUAUCUAUUCUAAUGCAGUUCUUAGACCUGCAUUUCUUCUGGUGUGCUACCUUAAAAAGUAUUCUUAGAACUGUCUUCAAUAAGCAGUAAUUUCAUACAGUGUUUGCUUUGUCUGCAUACUUCUUGGUGUAAUGAUUAAGAACUUCUCAGUUGCCUUUCCAAUUACUUUCAUAGGUAAUGAUCAACACCAAAUCUUAAAAUAGGAAAAAUAAACUGUUCUGCGUGCAGUCUGGUGCAAGGAAAUACAUUGGGGGAGUUCCUGUGUGCAAAACCAAGAAGCCAUUGGAAUCAAUAACACCUUAAGUGUUUGUCAGACCACGUGUGUUGGUGUGCAAAUGGUGUGCAUGCUACCCAAAAGCUGAUGAUAUAACUGCCUGUUGUGGGAUCUGAAAAGCCAGGUAUGUGCUAGUGAUGAUAGGAAAUACUGUAAGAAGCUGUAGGUGCAGCGGGCGGUGACAGUUUUAUAACCACUUCCUGGUUGGACUCAGUGUGUGCUUUGUAGCAUCCACUGUUAGGAUGAGAUUCACUUCCCCCCACCCAUUUCUUGGUUUACGGACUGUAGCUCUUUUGCAAGAAGGUGAGGCAGUAAUAAGUUAGCUUACACUCAUGGUGUCAUUAAAGGAACCUUUUUGCUGCUUUGUCUUGUUUCCUGUGUGGAACGAUAGUUUCCAAUAAAGGGAAGGCAGGGUGGUAGCUGAGGUUAUGCUUCUCCUAUUCCUGGAUAGCUGGUUCUUUCCCAAAAGAGAAUGUGUCCCUAACAUGAAGCUUUGCUUUCCCUCUGUAGGCUGAAGUCCGUUUGUGAAUGCAGUUUUGGUCCUGCCGCGUAUUUUUUUUCCUUGUUAGGGAAAGUGAGGGCACGCUCCUCUGUUUGGAAAGUCAGGUUCGUGCUGCUGGCAGGUUGGAUCUCUUUUUGGGUCGGAUGAGGAAAUGAUUGGGUUCUGUCUAACAGAGCCCCUUACUGACCGCUGCCAGGUGACUCCUUCGCAAGGAUGCAGGAAGGCUGCUUCGGGAGGAACUCGUCCCUUUCCCAGUGGCAGCGGUUGGCAAGUGUGUUCUGGGUCAGUGACCUCUUUUGUUCACUGGUUUGUUGUCGGGGAUUUCAGCCUGAAAUGUAGGUGGAAAAAAAUGAAGAAAAAGGGAUGUUCGAAAUGCAAUUGGCAGGUUGCUACAGGUGAGGUUGUGUGAGUGAAUUCUUCAACCUGGUAGCAGCUGUUGUAUUGUUUUGUGUGGAAACGAAAGCCUUAAAGGCAAACAAAUGUAUCAGUGUUUGCUCAUUAAUGCUUGUGAGUGCCAGUGCACUAAUGUGUUAAAAGUCACGUGUGACCCGUAGUGGUCAUCCAUAUAUUAAACCUUUCCUGUGUGAGCAGGAGUUGUAAUUAGGAGAAUAGCUCUAAUAGACCUAUAAUGGAAGUUACGGUGGUGACGUGACCAGUAGUUGAGAGUAAGAUUAGGAACUACAAUAAAAAGUGAGCUUAUGUCCCCAGAGUGAAAUCAAAAACCUGUAGUGAGGGGUUCUCCGUACGUUGUAAGGAAAGAGAGAACUUUUCCCUUCGUUAUAAACUUGAGCUUGAGAAACUUGAGAAAUCCAUUUCUGUUCUCUGAAACGUGCGAUCCAACUGUUGCAAGCUUCAGUUAGAAUCUGGCUUAUAAUUGUGAAUACAUUUAAACCUUUUUAAAAAAUUAGUUACUUUUGUAUGUAAAACUGGUAAAAUUCAGGCUGUGUGUCCAUUCUGUAUAAUAGGUCAGGCUUCUGCUGCCUCUCAGAAGCAAAUAUUCUUGCUCCUCCUCGCGCAUAAGAAAUUGGGAAAGCUGCGAUCUGAAGACAAAACAUCCCGCCCCUUCCUAAUACAUUUUCAAAGCAAGUGUGCAUUUCAGUGAACUCCCCAAAAGCAUGGACUAGUCUUCAUGCGAACAAAACACAUCCAACCUUUUGUUACACUUCAACCCAGUGGUAAAUUUGAAGUAUGCCAUAAAUGCUUUUUUCAGAGGCUGCCUCACGACAGGGUGCCCCAGCAGAGGGAACUGCUCAGGUUGGGGCUGUCUCAUGCGCAGGCCGAGGGGGUCACCUGGCGUGUUGGUGAGUCGUGGCACACCGAGAGCUUCCUUCUGCCCCCCUCCUGCCCCACAGCUGCUGGUCUGAAACUAUUGGGAGCUAAACUGGCUCAGCAAGGGGUCAGGUAAAAAUGGGAGUUGUUGAGUGUGCAGCGUGGGGAAGGAGUGGGGGACUAUGAGACAGGAAGAAGUCAGAGAGCCCUUUUAGUAAUGGUAGUGGCACGAUCUUAUGUCAGCGCAGCUUGUUGCAGGGAGCUGCACCCUUUGGGUGGUUUUGUGUGCUGUAAUCGAGAUUUGAGAGUUUGUGCAUCGCUAGAAAAGAAACCCUUUUUCCUCUUUUGCCUUUCUACCAGAUUUUUUAACUUCUCCCCUUUGGUGAAUACCAAAUAAUCUUCAGUCCAGGCAAGAAUAGAGUUAAUAAUAGCUUUACACAGGAACAAAGCUCCUAGUAAGUUAUAAGCAAAACAUGGGAAAUAGCCAUUAGGUUUCUCCCCAUCAUUGAGUUUGUUAUCCCUAUAUAACUUGGUGAUCUUUAAUUAAAUGUACAAUUAUCUUCAGUUCAUUAGACAUGAAGAUCCUUCCAGCUGCAGGGUAUGGAAAGAAGCGUAUCUCAGCAGGGCAGUUACACUGUGCCAUGCGCUUGCCAAUGUACCGAUAACUCUGGACACUCUAAAAUCUCAAAAUUAAAGCUUAUUACAAGGCAAUAUCCAGAGCAUUCUCUGAAGUAGCAAGAAGUUUGUUUGAGACCUCAGUACUGCCAAAGAUGCUCUUGUCGGCUGAGCUUAAUGAAAGAGAAGCUGAUGUAUUUACUGGCACUGCACAAAGACUGGCUUACCAAGGUAUUUUUCAGUCAUUCGUAUAGAUCACUCAGUUUUGUUUUCCAAAUGUCAUCCCAUUGCUAAAAUGAACAUCUGAGGAGAAAAAAGGUACGGUUUUGAAAAUACAGUAUGCUCUUAACUGGCAGAGGGUUUUACCUGCCUCUGUACUGAACCUACCUGUACUGAACCGGUAGAAGCCCACACGUUGUGCCCUGUAUUGCAGUCGGCUACAGGAAAGUGCCUGGGCUAGAGGGCCACUUAAAGAACAAAAGAUAAGCUUAUAGGAUAGGUUGGCUACUUAACAGAACUGCUGCUAAAUUUCUGUUGCUUUGAAAUGUAUCAGCGCACGUCAGUGCUGACAGAAGUAAGUUGUCUCUUAAAAAAAAAAAAAAAAAAAAAAAGGUCAAGUCAUCUAUUAAGUGCUUUAUGAACAUUACCCGCUCUUCUGAUGUCAAACCCUACAUGCUUUAUCUUGAAUGACAGUAAGCUGGUUUGGGGAAUUAAAAACGGCCCCAAACUAGGUUUAAGUACAUGGAAAUCAUUCCGCGUUUAAUGUAACCUCCUCGUUACUUGAGCAAUAAGGGACAUGCUCAAUGCUUUUGAAACAAGCCCUGAGUGCUGCAACGUGUAGUUUAGCAUUGCUGCUCGCGUGGCCCUGGGUAUGCCUGAGAGCUUGUCUAAGAAACUCCGUGCCUCGAGGGGAGGGAUAGCCAGUCGCAGGAUUUGGGUCUAAGGCAGGCAUGGCAUCGGGCUGCUCAGCACCGCCAGGGCUGGGGCAGCAGCAGCACUUUGGGCACAGCACUGACUGCGUGGCGUGGCAGCCAAGUGCUUGGAGACGCUGGGCACCGCCAGCUGGGAGAUUUAUUACAGCUUUGGACUUUACCCCUGUGCUGUGUGGCGUUGUCCCUUGUGCAUCCGCUCAGACCUAUUUUCAUCCCAUGUCACCGUGCUGUUCCAGGCAUCUGGUGGCCUCCAUGGACAGCGUUUGCUCAUUGUGUUGCAACGCCUGCACCAGUGACAGCAAAUCUAGUGAGUCGUAGCAGUAAUGGGGAUGCAGCGUUUGGGGUUAAGUCAAUGCUGAAAGGGAUCUGAUUCAUUUGCUGCCUCAGUAUGUGCUGCAUGAGGUCUGCGAGGGACACUUCCCCAGCAUCCUCCUGACAAACCACGCUGAACAUCAGCUGUUCGUUGUGUAACUUGGGUGCCGCUGUCAGGAGGUGCCCCGCUAGUUGUUCUGACAGCACUGGCAUUUUGUGCCAUCACAGCAGCUGAGGAGAAACUGGUUGGUAUGGGAAUUUACUUGGUUUCUUUCCUUCUGAUUUCUCUGAUGUUAGCUGGUUACCCCAAAGCCCAGGAUGAGAUGUUUGCUUUCAAAUAGGUUCACAUAGAGCUGUAUCUUCCUUUUGUGUCUUGGCUUAAAGCAGUCGAGUUCAUUUCAUUUUUGUGGAAUGCAGUAGUGAAAAGAAAGUACUUUUGUACUUUGGCUUCAUAGGUUGCAGUCUUUUAAGUCAUAUAAAAAUGAUUAAACCAUGAGUGCUUCAGGAUUAUCCAGUCCUAAAUAGUUUCUUUUUCAGUACUGCGUGCAAUAACGAAACCAAGUUUGGUUUCACUAACAGCCAUAAUUUGUAGAAAGAAGAUAAAGCAGUGUUUGUGCUUCGUGUGCCUUUCAGCCUUCAGAGCUCUACAUGGGCUUGAUGCUUUUAAACUCCCUCCUCUUCUCAAGGUAUUUUAUUUUGUUAAAAAUUCCAGUGCCAUUUUACAGUCAGGUCUCUUAGAUUUGCUUUGUUCAGUCUCUAAUCACCUCGUCUGUUAUCAGCUAGGGCUGUCCUGAAGGCGUACUUUUACUUUGCUCACACUAAAUGCUGGAGAAAAAAAAAGUUGUAGUUCCUGUAAGAUCUUCAUCACACACAUCAUAGUGGGUGUUCCUCUUGCAUGUUUCCUAAGAGCUUCUUCCUUUUUUAUUAUUUCCAACAUCAAAAUUAGGUAUGUGACGUGCUGAAUACUCCCUGGAGUUGGGUUUUUGGAGUUCUUCAUCAAGUGACAAACUGGCGUUGUAUGGCCAUUCGGUGAUUCUGUGGCAUGGGUAUCCCUGUUUUUUUUCCAGUCUGUGGGCCAAGUUUAUUCCUUGUGCAUAUACAUAAAGGAUAAAGCUGAGACUGUGUCAUCUGAAGACGACUAGGGGAAAAAAAAGUUUGUCAACAGAUCAGUGAAAUCUUCUUAGAGAUGUGCAAAAUCGUUAACUUGAAGUUCAGAAACUUGGUAACAGAGCUGUUCUUCUGAUUCUCAGAGUAACAAUAAAUUAAUCUGAUGAUAAACAGAUUUUUUCACGAAAAUCAGUUCUUCUUGACCUCAGUUGCUUCAAAAAGGAAUUGGAUACUGAAACAUUGUUCAGGAAGAAGGUGACACGCUUCUGGGAGCAGGUGGAUUUGGGACCAGUGCUUUCUAGUUCUGAAACUUUACUGCUCUCAAAGCGGAGAUACGAGGCAACAUAUGUGUGACAGGUGGUCUGCUCUGUGUGGAUGCUGGGCAUAAAUUAGUCGUUUAACAUGGAGCCUGUGCUGCUUAGUAAGGAAUCUCUUGUCCCUGCUCUUCCCUGACAUGCUUUGGAGUGCUGUAGCUCGGAGCUGGUGCGUUAGUGCGAAGCGUUCUGCUUUGCUGUUACUGCAACUGCAGAGUACGUCUGCCUUGUAACUUGUGAGGAGGAAUAUGUACAGGUAACCAUUCUUGCGCUGUUUUGUGGUAAUUUGAGCUUGAUUAUCUAGGUUUUCGUAAGCUUAAAGUUGUGGAAGAAAUCACAGCCCAAACUUCACAAAGUUACACAGCUCACUUUGCUCACUGUGCCCUACAUUUGACCAAAAUGCAAGAUUAGGGGAGUGGGUUAUAAGCCAAGGCUUAGGUUACAAAGGGAGAACCUUAGUUCAAAUAAAGCAGCCUCUGUGCCAUGUGCCUUGGGCUCUAAACCUGCCUUUAGGCAGCUUCAUUUCAGUAGCAUCCAGUUAAAGGACAAAAAGGCAGAAGUUUGUGUUUCUGCAUCAGUGCAGUGCAGGCUGUCAGGCAGCGAUGGGGACUGAGGAGAAUCUCUGUUCCGAGGCCAUCUGUGGGUUCUUUUGUCUGAGCCUGACGAGAGGUCAUGGCAGAUGGUGGGGUCGCAAAGUCUGGCUUCUUGCGCUUGACAACGUGUUCAUAAAGCUGGAAGAACACCGACUGCUCAUCCAGGCUGAAGAGCAUCGGGGCAGAGAUGGUAACAGUUUGUGGAUGGUGCCUUCUGGAUCGCUAAGCGUGGUGGCAGAUAACCUGGCAGAGAUGGAACUGCUUUGCUUAUCUCUCAGCAGUUUAAAACUGCUUAGCAGGUGUGUUCUUAACUACGCUUUAUGGGAGUACCUUACUUGUAAAGCCUCUUAAAGCAGGACAGAAAGGGUAAGCCAUGUAAAUUUUGGCCAGGGCUCCAGAUGACGUAUUUGGAAAGUGUGUGUAGGAGGAGGAGGAAGGCAGAGAAAGAAGCAGCACGCGGAUCCUCAUUUUCAGGUGUGGUGCAGGGUGUCAAGUGUUUGCUCCUUGCCAUGACCACUGUUGCUUUAUGGCCUCUUUGUGGCAACUUUUCAGGUUUCAGCGAGGUGUUCGUGUGCUGAACAGCUGCUUGGUCAUGGCUGCAGGGGAGCCAAGACCUAGGGGAGAUGGAUACAACUCCUGCAAUAGCAAAUGGAGAACACCUCCAAGUUGCAUGGCAGUAUUUUCCACUAACUCCAGUAACAGUUGAAGGGAUAUAAUGUCUGAAUGCACCAAGAAAUCUGUAGAAAAGUCACAGAAUUUAGUAUUCUUCUGGAUUAAUCAAAACUGAGCGCAGUGAUGGUAGAGUCCCUCAAGAGCAGUGCACACUGCUGAAACUGGUUGGGCACUGCCUUAGAAGGGAGGUGAAGACACCGGCCGUUCUCAAAGCUUGCACAGGGAUGUUUAUUUUAAAGAUUAUGUGAAGAUGAAAAGGGAUAUCUUAUGGUUUUACAGAAUAUAAAGCAAUACUCUGACAUGACGGCAAAAAAUGUUGGUGUGACUUCCACAAAUGGAGACUUGAAGGGAUUUAUAGAUCAGAACCAGAGUCCAACAAAAGGUAAUAUUUCAAUAAUUACAUUACCAGUUUCCAGUACGAACUCCCCAACAAAGAUUUUGCCAAAAACCUUAGGACCAAUUAAUGUGAAUGUUGGACCCCAAAUGCUCAUAAGCACAUCACAAAGACUGACCAAUUCAGGGAGUGUUCUAAUUGGGAGUCCAUACAGCCCAGCUCCAACAAUGGUCACGCAGACGCACAUAACAGAAGCUACUGGCUGGGUGCCAGGGGACAGAAAGAGGACUCGAGAAUUUAUAGAAUCAGAUUUUUCAGAAAGUAAAAGAAGCAAAAAAGGAGAUAAAAAUGGGAAAGGUCUGAGGCAUUUUUCAAUGAAAGUAUGUGAAAAAGUUCAGCGUAAAGGAACAACUUCAUACAACGAAGUUGCUGAUGAGCUGGUAUCAGAAUUCACAAAUUCUAACAGCCACCUAGCUACAGAUUCGCAGGCUUACGAUCAGAAAAAUAUUAGACGGAGAGUUUAUGAUGCCCUUAACGUGCUGAUGGCAAUGAAUAUAAUUUCAAAGGAGAAAAAGGAAAUCAGAUGGAUCGGCCUUCCUACAAACUCAGCUCAGGAAUGUCAGAAUCUAGAGAUAGAAAAACAGAAGAGGAUUGAACGGAUAAAAGAGAAGCGAGCACAGCUACAAGAACUGCUGCUGCAGCAAAUAGCAUUCAAAAACUUGGUACAAAGAAAUCAGCAAAAUGAACAACAAAAUCAAGGCCCUCCAGCUUUGAACUCAACAAUACAGCUGCCUUUCUUAAUAGUAAACACUAGCAAAAGAACAGUCAUUGACUGCAGCAUAUCAAGUGAUAAAUUUGAAUACCUCUUUAAUUUUGAUAACACUUUUGAGAUUCAUGAUGACAGUGAGGUGCUGAAGAGAAUGGGAAUGUCCUUUGGACUUGAGGCAGGCAAAUGCUCAGCUGAAGACCUAAGAACUGCAAAGUCACUGGUGCCAAAAGCUUUAGAAGGCUACAUCACAGAUAUGUCUGCUGGAUUUUCAUGGAUGAACCAAGGAUUACUUUCAAAUUCAGCACAAGCGAUUUCACAUUUAGAGGUAGCAGGAGGCACUUCUGAUUCUAAAUCAAGUGAGAAUCCAGGGUUGUGUCUGGAUGCUGAAGUGGCCUUAGCAACUGGGCAGCUUCUUGCCCCGAGCAGUCAGCAGUCCAGCAGCGCAGCAUCACGCUACUCUGAGUCACGGGGAGAAACUCCAUGCUCGUUCAAUGAUGAGGAUGAAGAGGAUGAAGAUGACGACUCUUCUUCCCCAGAAUAAAGACAGUAGAAAAUGGAAUACACAAAAUGCUGCUCAUAUGUAUUCUUAAUGGGAGCUCCUGUUUGGAUUUUACUUAAGUCUCUUGCCUUGGUUUGCACUAUGUUCAGUGAAGCAAAACGGAAGCUUCAAAACAAAUUCACCCAAAGCUAAAAUUGAAAACUUUUUGUAGCUGAACAAAGCGACAUGCAGACACAGAGCAAAGUGGGUUUUUUAAUCAACUAUAACCAAGGAAAAGAACAAAGUCCCUGGAGAUCUGGUAAAGAAAACAUCAAGAUCAUAUUUUUCAAUUUGGGACUUUCUGUCUCAAGCCUCUUUCCUCUCCAUCUGGUAAAGAUAAGGGGAAGACAACACAUGCCGUUCCUCACAUUGUCUCACAUUGUUCCUCACAUUGGCUGUGCUACCUUUAAAGAAAAAAGAAGGGGAAGAGAGAGAGCACGCACACAAACACGCCAAAAUAGCUAUUUAAAACUCUUGUAUGAAAAUUGUUGUAGGGAGAAGGGGCUGUUAGAAUGUUUGCUUUUUUCUGUUCAACUUGCUGUAUAGAAGAUUCUUAAAGUAAUAUAAAUUGCAGGUGAUUAAAUGAAUCUUGAAAUAGUUUAAAUUCAUUUUAGAUACUCUUCAAGUAACAUUAGUAAGUCUCUUUUCAAAGGUACAUAUGUUCAUUUAUACUGCAGACCUAAUUUAUUAUCAAUAAGUGAUGAUUAUUAGCCAUUAUUAAGCAGUCAGGAUUAAAAUAGCAGUAUUCUCUGCACCAGCUUUUUUCAAUGAAAAAAAGUGGAAAAGUUUUAUUUCUAGAUUGUAAUGCAUCCCAUAUAGCUUGUCCUUUACUGUUCUAACUUUAUAAUCCAUCUGAUUUUAUAGCACAUGUAUUAACAAAGGAAAAAAAGAGGUCUCUAUGUUAAGGAUCUCAGGCAGUACUUUCAAAUUCAAGGUGGGCUGUCACGUAACAAAAAGUUCAGAAUGAGGAAAAAAAAUAUAAAAUUUGACAGCACGUAAUUCAAUGUUUUGCAUUGUAGUCAGCUUGGAUUAUGACAGACUAAUUUGCUUUUAAUUAACUUCCACUGCAAGCACCUUAACACGCCUUUGAAAAAUAUCAAUAUUGAACAACUACUUAAAGUACUUUGUGGCUGAAGUUACACAAAGUGAAUCCAUUUGAAGUGUUAAAUUAGAACAGGUGGCUCCACGUUCUGUAUUUAACAUCACAUCCAAUCACAAAAACCUUUAAAAACACUCUACAUCCACAGCGUGUUUUGCUGUCAUUCAGAGUUCUCACGGUGUCCUAAUAUCCAGUAUUUUAACUAGUCUUGAAGAGAACUACUUUUAUGAAGUAAAACCAGAUAAAAAUAGUGUUACUCCUUUUAGUUUUUUAUACUGUAUGUAAGCAGUUGACCCUUAUAUUAGCUGUCAGAGCUCAAUGACACUGGCUCUGCUAUCUAGUCAGAGAUCAGGCAGCUCAGAAAACGGCAUUUGCUUGAGCAAGGUCACCAAAGUGCACCCCUUGGCUGCUCUGACCAUUGCUCCAGCCCAGUGUGGGGUACAUCCACCUGACCCCUCACAGACACAUUGGCACUCAAGCCAACAUGAUACAAAAGCACUAAGGUAGGAAGAGGAACUGAGGCUUCAGCUAAAGAGCUGCCUGGCUGUCCUGCAGCUGUUAGCACAUGACACACAGGACAGGCAAAACCAUGCGGAGCACACAAGUACAUGUGCAGGUCUGCAUUACAAAUUAAGGCAUCCACAUAGACGCUUUCAGAUAAUUCAAACUCCUGCAUCUCAUGCAGAGUUAGGGCAUCACCAUUUUUAAGGCAUAGCUCUUCUUCAAGCAAGUAGAGCGAUCCUAGCUUACACAAAGUUUUGCAGAUGCACAAAUAAAAAAAAGAAACAAGGCCUACCAUGUUAUUCCCCAUCUAGGGGGGACUGUUAGGCUGUGCUGUGCUGGGCAGCAGCAGACUGAGGGAUUUACACCACCUCACUUCAACCAAAUCUGUAGCACUACCUCUAGAUGAAUUAAAGUUUUACUAAUGCAAAAUAAUAUUCUGAGAGAGUCAAUGUACUUGACAAACUUGUGAAAUAAGAGGAGGGAGAGAAGGGAACAGAAACUCCAGGUGUGUCAUUAGGGAAUUACUAGCUUCAUUAAUGGCAUUUCAUUUAAAAAGAUUACUGCUUUUAUUCUUUAAAAUACUUUUUUUUUUUUUGUGGGGGGGGGGAGGGGUGGAAAUUGUCCUGUCAGCUUUCAUUGGAGAGGACAGAUGAAAGAUACCCAAUAUACACAGGACAUCCUAAGGCACACUAAAGAGGGGAGCAUUUUCCAAAGUAAUUAUUGCUCACCCCCUAUUACAUUAUGGGCAAAAGUAACCCCACACUUUCGUCACAUUUCCCACUUAAGAUCUUCAGAAAACAAAAACACACCAUCAACACACUAAAUAAUUGCUGAAGAGGAGAAGUUUUGAACUAUAAGAUGUAGGUAAAAAAAAGGCUUUUUGCCCAGAAACAGAAUGCAUUUUAUCAGUAGUCAUUGUGCUUUCUGCUUUGCAGGAGGAUGAUCUUCAGUAAUACCUUCCUCCUGUUGAUGUCUCUGUCUUUCAGAGCAGCAGACUGCACAGCUACUUGCUUUCUGGCAAACAAAGCUAUCAACUUCUUUUUUUCUCUUAAUCUAGGAGCACAUAACAUUUAUUUAGACAGUUGAACCCAGAUUUUCGAAGUUACUUUUCUGAACUAGUUGAACACAAAGGACAAAACAAGUUAGAACACACAUAAGAGACUUCAAAAGGAAAUUCUUUCCUUAGGAUUCUUUGUGCCAAGUUACAGUUGAGGAUGAAGUUCAACUACAGCACUGUGGUCUUGUGUUUGUACAAAGGUCUGGGAACUGGGAGAGCUCUGGGCCUUUUCCAGCUCUAGUCACUCGUGUAUGACCUCAGGCAAGCCUUUCCCUCAUUCUUGUUGAACUUAAUUGGCAUAUUUCAAAAAACAAGAAAAGCAACAAACAGGUAAAUGCAGGACCUCACUCAAUACAGAUGUUCAUCUGAACUGAGCUCUGAGCAAUUAAUGAGCAACAAGGAGAUUAAGAAUAUUAACCAACCGCACUGCUCCUGCUAAGCUCAUGGCAGUAGCCGUGCUUAGCUGCUUCAACAUGCAAUUUUCCUCUGAAAGGCAGCAGUAGGUAUUUUCCAGAAUAACAUGGUCAGUAGAAAGAUGGGUUUUCCCGUGUUGUAUUGAGUUACCAUCAUCCUCCACUGGCCAUAUAUUCAUUGCUAGAAAACAUGCUGCAACUGGCACAGGUGGCACCUCACAUAAGGCAGUCAGCAUUUGAGUUCUCAUAUACAUUCUGUGUAAGUGACAUCGUCUGCCUCCUGGAAUGCCAGUUCUUGGUUAGACACUCAGCAGGCAAGCAGUAUAAUGCUGUUUGUAAAUGCUAUUCUAUAUCCUGAAGUAAACAGCUUCAUUUCUGGACUUAUUUUAUGGUGCUUGACAAAUCUAAAUUUGACUUAAACUUGCUAGCAUCACAAACUGGGUGAAAAAAGUUGAGUGGGAGACAGCAUUUUUCAUUACAUGGAGAACUGAUAAAAUGUUUGUGGAUUUAGGUUUCUAAAUUUAUAUUGAACUGGGCCAUUGUCUUCUCAAUUCAGCACUGGAAUUAAUGGCAACAAUCCACCUACACGGAUUGGGAUCACAUCUGAUCUAACAUGCCUAUAAGGAAAGGCUAAAGCAAAUAACAUCAGUUCAACUGAAGGCUUGGUUUUAACUAACUUAAUGUAACUAGCGCACACCACACUUUAGAUAUUUCCAUUUUGGUUAAGGCUAUAAGUUUAUGUCUGUUUUUUAAACUACAGUUUCCAAAUACUCCUAAUCCUUUUCAACAGCUGCAAAGUGCUGGGCAUACACCACACCAACAGGAGAACAACCAAGUCAGCAUCAAGUAGCAUGAUGUAAACAGGCCUAAUAACCGAAUUUUAAUCAUAUUUUAAAAACAAAUGGACAAAACAAACAACUCAUGUUUAUUCAGAAAAUUAUGCUUGAAUUUAGGAUUCAACAGCUCAGGUUUUAAGUGUUCUGUGCUCUUCCUUCUGCCGACACCCACCAUUUUAAAUCUAGAGCAUGGAUGAAACUUUCCUUUUUCAUUUGUAUCUAAGCACUGGGCAAUGCUCAUUUUUAUAAUUACCUGUCUCUUGUUAGCUGAGCAUUAUAUCCAAGCACUUUAUAGAGAAGACUUUAAUUUUAAUAAGCUAAUGAUACUUGGGGUUUGGAUUUGUUUAAAAACAAAGCUAGUAACCACAGGCUAUACUAUUUGGUAAACAAACCAGUAGUCAUCUUCCCACUGACCACCUCGUUUGUAUUUCCAUUCACUUAAUUUUCACUGCAAGAGCAUCUCAGUUUCAGAACAUACAUAUUUUAAACAACCAGGUACAAUGAAGCUGGGAAGAGACUGUAGGAGCUUCUCAUAUUUUUGAUUUAAAAACGCCUAGCAAUAGUCAUACUCUGGGGCAACACCAUGCAGCUUCGCAGGAGCUUGGCUCACGCUGCAGACAGGAGUGCCGUGGCUCCGUUGCUACGAGGCCAGGCACGCCGUGCAGCUGAACGCCUCGGCCCGCAGCACCGGGAAGCCAUGCCUCUGGCAGCUCUGCUGAUCGACUGCGAAGAGGCUGAGAGGAGCUGGUCCGUGUGUUGGUUUUUAAAAUGCACCACUCAAUGCAUUUUGACCUAUGCCAACAAAACGCUUGUACCUGCUGGUUAGCACACACCUACCCUUCCAAGCAGGUCAGCAGCUCUGAAUGCUUCGUUUUCUGCUGGCAGGUUGUUCCCUUAAAGCCUGGCGCCCUGCAACUUCUUGAAGCUCUCAUGCCUUAGCCUUACCUGAAUUCUCAAAUCAGAUUGCCUUUUCUAUUUAUCUCUCAGAAUUUAGUUUGGCAAAUGUUUUCAGGAGGCUGUGCACAACUGUGCUCUGGACCCAAGUAUAUUCCCCAAAAGAUCCCCACAACCAACCGUAGGAACCUGUUCAUUCCCUCUGCUCUGAUACCACCCUUUCAAGUCUCUGUAGAGCUGCUCAUACAACUGUUUCCUGGCUUGUUCAAUCAGAUGCAAAAUGCACGGAUACCUAACCCAGCUGACUUUGGCAGUUCGGUGAGGGGAUGAUCCCAAAAACAGCCCAACAACAACAGCAGCAAAUUAAAGGGACUGUUUAUCACAGCUGGUUAGAGAAUGUGUGUUCAUUCUGCAUCUUUAAUACUUCUCCCUUGUCUGGCCUACUCCAAAGGUCAGCCAAAACAAUAAUAUGUUUUUCCUACUUUUACCUGUAUGAUAGCACCCAGCAAUUCAGGACACCUACCCAGGCUGCAGACCAAAAAUCCCUGCUCAGAUUUGGGCAGAAGUGUCUGAGAUCUAACCAUCCAAAUCCCAGGGAAAAGCCUCCCACAUAGGAACAAUAUGGUGCAAAUGAGCAACUUAUUUUUUUCUUUCUCCAGUAGGAAAAGCAGGCUGAUGUGGGCCAGAUAAAUAUCUGUGAGAGGCAGGAGAUUUCAGAGCAGAUACAGGAGUCUCCCAGGAGCACAGAUCUGUCCGCCUCCUUAGCACUCUGCACUGGCUAUAGGAAGUGGCACCCACUGCAUCUUCAGACUUUAAAUGCAAUUUUUAAAUGCUUAACUCUUUGCAGGCUUAUGUAAUCACCACUGGAUAGCAGGACACAGCUGUGUACAACAUAAAGCCAGCUGUAGAUUUAAACUGAACUCAUCUAUGCAACAUUAAGGGAAAUUUUACAAGACAAACCGAGCGCUUGCCGGUGACCCACAUUUAGCCCAUUAUCCUUACCAGGCUGAGCGAAACAGAGCAAUCCCUGGUGCUCUGCUUCUCGUGCCUUGCAGGUAGCGCCAGUGGCACGCUGACAGGACAAGGCAGUCAGAGGAAGGGAACCACUGCCCACCCACAGCCCUUAACGCUGGUACUCCUACUCAAGUGUUCCCAGGAAGCUAUACUGCCUUUUUUAAUUUAUUAUUAAUUCGGUCGCUACAUCAGUCCUUCUGCAGAACUUAGGUUUGACUCAUUUACUUUUAAGACCACAUGUAAUUGUUCUGCAGGGCCACAAAAUUAAGGCAUUAACCAGAAAAGGUAAGGUCUACAAAAUCAAUCUUUAGGUUUUGGUGGGGUUAGAUUUCUAACGUAACUUUACCAAUUAAUAGCUUCAGUUGCUGUAAUGCAGGGAUUAAGUGGGACUCUCAGAGUUCCCCUAGUAAAACACCAGCUGGACCAAAAAUCCAUCAUGCAAGUUUCUCAUGCUCCCCAUCUCUAAAGCUAGGUUGCAAACGUAAAAAAAUACUUCAGAUUACGAAGUUUUGGUAGAGAAACAUGCAAAUAUGGUGCCACUGUAUCUCGCAAACACCUACUGUGAAACAAUUCACCCUACGUGACCUAACCUGGGAGGACUCAGGCAGGAGCUGCCCUGGUUCUUGGGGCCCAGGCAGCCCCUCUGCUGGUGCCAUGCUGGGCUGCAGACCCACUGCCCGCAGGGAGCCGCCGCCGCAUGCAAGGGGAAGGGGUCCUCGUUCUGCACAAUAAUUUGCUGUGGAUUUCCGAAUUCUCCAUGGACUUCAUUCUUUCCAAACACCUUUUAAUUAUAAAUGAAACUUGUAUUUUUGCAGAAAGACUGCUGUUAAGCUAUCCUGAUGUUUUUUUCCUGAUCAAAUAGCGUUACUUUCCACUACCACGUUGUGUGUGGCGAGGAGCAGUAGAAAAAAAAAAAAAAAGUGGUAGUAGUACACAUGCUAUAGACACUGACAAAGACCUAAAGAAAAAUGCAUAUACAAAGUUUUACUUUCCUAAUAGGAACACUGGCAUUAGCAAAUAGUAUAUUUGAACCAAUAGGAAAUAUUACUUUGUAGUAGCAAACACUUUGUAAAUAAAAACUUACUAUUUUUUUAAUGGAAAUUUUAUAGAAGAAGCUAUUUCUGUAUACUCAACUGAUCCCAUGUUUACUGAAAAUGCUGCAAGUGGGAAUUGUACAUUGCAAAAUGGGAGUAGGGAACAAUGUCUGCCUGAAGUGAAAAGUAUAUACAGGCUGGAGAGAAACAUCAUUCGGCUGUUUGUGAACAGGAAAGUAAAGCUGAACUGUAUAGGAACUGAAUAAAAGAAUUUCAAGGCAA